AUGUCAUCUGCCAAGGCGUCAGGAUCCGACGCGAAUGGCGGCGCGCGAUCGCACGAGCAUAACCAGGGCAACCAAGACCGCAAGUACACAGUCGAGCAGAAGGCGGCCGUCCUCCGAAUUCGAAAAUGCGGAGCCACCGAUUUCUACGAGAUCUUGUCUGUUGAACGGUCGGCGACAGAUAGUCAGAUAAAGAAGGCAUACCGGAAACAGUCUUUGUUGACACAUCCCGACAAGAACGGCUACGAUGGGUCUGAUGAGGCCUUCAAGAUGGUGUCGCGCGCCUUCCAGAUCCUUUCGGACGAAGAUAAGAAGUCUCGCUAUGACAAGUUUGGAGGGGACCCCGAUAGCAGAUUCAACCCCGGCCCGAGUGCCUCCAGCGGCGCCUCGCCUUUCAGUGGGUUCAGUGGUGGUGGAUUCCCGCGGUCAGGAGGACGCCCAGGUUUUGAGGAAGAAAUAUCACCAGAAGAGUUGUUCAAUCGAUUCUUCAGCGGUGGAUUUGGAGGAAUGGGUGGUGGCGGCUUUGGUACGAAAUCCCCAGAAUGCGUUGAGCCGUUUGGCUCCAUGUUCCAACCGUUUGAUACUCUCUUUCGGGAUGGUGGUCCCGGUUUUGUGUUCAACAUGAACGGAGGCCCCGGCUUCCGUGUACACCAAUUUGGAGGAGGCGUACCCCGUCGCAGACCUGCUGCCAACGCCGCUGGACAGACACAAGGCAACAUGGACGGCUGGACUCUGCUCCGCCAGCUCGCCCCUCUUCUCAUUCUCUUCGUUCUCCCUCUUCUCUCCUCGCUCUUUUCCUCCUCACCACCAGCUACACCAUCCUACCGAUUUGACACCGCGAAACCGCCACACACAAUGGGUCGCACCACGCCCAACUUGAACCUUAAUUAUUUUGUGAAUCCGCUGGAAGUGGAUGACUUCAGCGCGCGGAGAUUCAAGCAACUGGACAAACAAGUCGAGACCGACCACGUGAGAACUCUCCGAUUUGAAUGCGAGAAUGAAGUGAAUCAACGGGAACGCAAGAUCCAAGACGCCCAGGGCUGGUUCUUCCCGGACAUUGAGAAGAUGAAGGAGGCUCGAGCGAUGGAACUGCCGAAUUGUCGACGAUUUGAGAAGUUGAGAGGUAGAAUCUGA